UCUUCAGAGGGGGGCGUACCAGCGUGUUUAUUCUUCGCACGCGUCUUCUUUUACAGUUAAUGUCUGUAUUAACAGAUAGGUUUUUUAUUUAUUUUGGCGGUGUUAUUUUUGUUGCUGGGAAGUUUGGUGGCUUUGCUCCCAGGAUUUAUCCAACUGGCCGCUGAACGUCCUGUCACUUGCCGUAGUAAUACAUCAUGUACAGUGUCUAACAGGCUGCUAGCUAAUCAGUCGGAUUGCUUGUUGGCUAAGCAGCUCUCUCCAGUUCUCCACAGCUAGUCCCACCCUCCACGGGGUGCGUGGUCGUCGUGCGAAGCGGUACUUUUUUUUCUUUUUUUCCCCCCUCUUCCAUUACCCACAACUCAGCCGGCAGCGUCGUUACUUAUUACACCCUUGACUGGGCUACUAGCAAAGCAAAAAUCAUCAAGUACGUUAGCUAGGUGACGCCAACGACAUUGUUGGCACUACGUGGGGAGAGACGUGUCUUCUAAGGAGGGAUACGUUCACUGUUCUCACACCUCCCGACUAAGAGGUUUGGUUUCAAGAAGCGACGGAAAACGAGCGAACGAGGAAGACUACACGGCGAAGGAGGGGACUGGCUACUUUAGCCGGUGAGAUUGAAUUCGCAUACCAAGAGCAAGCACUGCCACUGAGCCACACACAACCAUGAGUAUUGAGAUACCAGUGGGCUUGAAGGAACUGCUGGAGGGCUACACCGUAGAGGUGCUGCGACAACGGCCGUCGGACCUGUUGGAUUUUGCUGUCCAGUACUUCACCCGCUUGCGGGACACCAGGAGUCAAGACGGGGCCAGUGAAGGCAGCAAGACGGGAAAGGGGGUGAUGUUUGAUGGGGAGCCAAUGCAAACAGAGUCCAACGGAGACGACGAAGACGAUGACGACUCAGACUUUGAACCCCCACCACCAAGCAGAUUCAACAGAAGAGUGUCAGUGUGUGCAGAGGCAUUCAAUCCAGAUGAGGAUGAUGAAGACACAGAACCCAGAGUGGUUCACCCAAAAACAGAUGAACAGCGCUGUAGACUGCAGGAGGCCUGUCGGGAUAUCUUGUUCUUCAAAACACUGGAUCAGGAGCAGUUCUCUGAAGUGCUGGACGCAAUGUUUGAAUUAAGGGUUCAGCCCCAAGAGCAUGUGAUCGACCAGGGAGACGAUGGGGACAACUUUUACGUCAUAGAGCGAGGCGUGUAUGACAUUGUGGUAUCAGGAACAUGCGUGGGUCAGUAUGACAAUAAGGGCAGCUUCGGGGAGCUGGCACUCAUGUACAACACACCACGUGCAGCUACCAUCAUCGCCACCCAGGAGGGGUCGCUAUGGGGGCUGGAUCGUGCCACAUUUCGUCGACUCAUUGUGAAGAACAAUGCCAAGAAGCGAAAGAUGUACGAGUCUUUUAUUGAGUCUGUGCCCUUACUCAAAUCCCUGGAGGCAACAGAGAGGAUGAAGAUUGUGGAUGUAUUAGGGGCAAAGCAGUUCUCAGAUGGUGAGCGCAUCAUCACCCAGGGAGACAGUGCUGACUGCUUCUACAUAGUAGAAUCUGGAGAUGUCAAGAUCAUGAUGAAGAGUAAAACGAAGGCGGACCAUGCAGACAAUGCGGAGGUGGAGAUAGCGCGCUGUAGCAGGGGUCAGUACUUCGGGGAGCUGGCUUUGGUCACUAACAAGCCCCGGGCUGCCUCAGCCUAUGCAGUGGGCAGUGUCAAAUGUUUGGUAAUAGAUGUGCAAGCCUUUGAGCGCCUCCUGGGCUCCUGUAAAGAGAUCAUGAAGAGGAACAUCGCCCACUACGAGGAGCAGCUGGUGGCCCUCUUCGGCUCGAGCUUGGACCUGAAAGGCUGAGCCUCCCACUCCACCCUGCGUGCCUUCUAUUCACACACACACACGACAUCAUAAGCUUUACCCAUACUGUCCAAACAUGAGAAAUUGUAUUUGACCCACAUGCAAAGGAAUAAAAGACAAUUUUAUUUUGCACAUACACUGACACAACCACUUAGAUAUUCUCUUACACAUGCACUCUCUAAUAAAUCUACACGUGCGCUCACACACACACACACACACACACACACACACACACACUCUCAGUUGGCCAUAACCUUGUUUUGUUUUUUUCUUCACUCCACACAAGCUUCAAGCUUUCAGCACCAGUGUCUUAGCUGCAUUCACCUGUAUGCAGGUAAAAGCAGCGGUAGGACAUACAAUGAAUGCGUGCUCACACAUACAGGACGUUUUCAGAAACGCGUCACUACUCACGCUUUAUAUGGCAGUAUUCACAUUCACUUCACAUUAGCUAUAACAGCUCUGAGUUGCCUCAGCCAAGGACACGCAUGAACGCACACGCACGCACGCACAUCAAGGGGGUAAACUUAACUAAACAAACCACAUUUGCAAAAACACAAAAUGGAGCUGACAAACUUAAAACAUUUCGAGGAAAAUGCAAAAAAAAAAAAAAAAAAAAAAAGUAAUGAAGACAAGUUUUAGAAAACUUUUAUGAACAUAAAAACACAGAAGCUUUGAUAAAAUAUUUAAAUAUAUAUAUUAAAAAAAGUGUUUCCUCCUUGAGAGGUCAGGGUUCAAAACAAAGUAAGGACACUCCAUUUCUUCAUCUGUUGUUGAUUGAGUUCAGUUAGUGCUGGUGUUUAUUACAGUACCACAGAGAAAGUGGUAAAAACAAUAACAUCCUCCAUUUCUUGGACUUUGUUCUAUCGUUGACACCAUCACUUCAUUGUAUUCAAUUAAUUAUUAAUGUAUGUUAUGUUAUGUAUUGUUUUUUUGUUUUUUGACCAACUGAUAAUUUCAUCCAUCUCUCUAAAAACGGGAAAAAAAGCUAAUAAAAAAUGAUUAGUGCUUAUUUCUCCUCUAUUAUCUGAAUGAGUUGUCCUGAAUGAAAAAAACAAAAAAGACAAAAGAAAAAUAAAGCAAACUUUUUGUUAAAACAGUUUUUGCAUAUGGUAAUUGUUCUGUUUUUGUUGUGAUGUAGAUGUUUUUGGGAUCAAGGCAUUUUGAAGUUGGAAGCAUUAAUUCAAUUGAUUCAUGUUAGGCAUCGGUAUAUU